AACAGUUUCUUGUUCUAGAAAAUCAAAACAGCUGUGGAACAGCUGUCAAAUCCAUUGUAUUUUAUAAACCCAAUAAAUAACAAUCUGCAAUAUUUUGCAUCACAACAAGAUUUACAUAUUUGCAGUUUUGCGAUACUUACCUGUAAGGGCAGCGCUAAAAGAAAAUGUCUGUGCGCCACGAUUGGUAUCAGUCGGACACGAAGGUGGUGGUAACCGUCAUGCUGAAGGAUGCCGUCUCCAAGAACUACAAAGUGGAUGUUGAGCCGGAGCGUCUGCACAUGACAGCCGAUGGUUAUGAGCUUGACUUACAGCUUUACCGCCCAGUUGAUGUCAGUAAAUCGUCGCACAAAGCAUACUCAACUAAGGUAGAAAUAACGCUGAGCAAAAAGGUUGGCGAACGAUGGGAUAGCUUGGAGAAGAAGGAGCUGCCUCCGCCUACAGCUGCUCCCCCACCAAUUCACAAAAAAGACUGGGACAGUUUAGCAAAAGAAGUGGAAAAGUCUGAGGAAGAGGACUCAAAGAGUGAAGAGGCGUUGAACCGGCUCUUUAAGAAAAUUUAUUCCACAUCAUCACCCGAAGUUCAAAAGGCCAUGAAUAAGUCAUUCUCUGAGUCUGGUGGUACUGUGCUAAGCACUAAUUGGCAAGAAGUGUCCAAGGAUAAAGUUGAUAUUAAACCGCCUGAAGGUGCAGAAUUUAGAAAAUGGGAUUAGUUGGAUAGCAUAACGCAUUACUUAGGCGAGCGUUGCAGACGGAACAUAAAAGGAUAAUUCAUAUUUUCCACCCUCAAAUUAUUAUAUAUCAUUUAUGAGAUAACUCGAUUCGUUGAAUAAAGAUAACUAUCGCAAUUUCAA